AUGUCCGACAAGCCUCCAUAUGUCGUUACUCCCACCGCUCCAGCGUCCUCGCCUGACCGUGCGGCCACCUUGAUAUUUCUACACGGUUAUGGCGACGAUGCCGAAGGCCUCCCACUUGGCCUCGCACAACAGUUCCAGUUCGCCAAGAAGAUGGAGCACCUGAAAUGGGUCCUUCCUACCGCUUCGCACAACCACGAGGCAAUGACACGAGCAUGGUACGUACCCAAGGCACUGCCGAAUGUGAUGAAGCCGCAUGUGGGAGACGAGGACGAGGACGCGCCGGACGAUGAAGCGGGCAUCAUGAAGAGCGUGGACAUUGUCGACCAGUUGGUGGAGCAAGAGAUCAAGAGCGGGACGCCCCCGGAGCGGAUACUUGUGGGUGGUUUCAGUCAGGGGUGUGCUGUGAGUCUGGUUUGGGGACUGACAGGCCGGUUGAGGAACAAGAUCGGCGGGAUGGUAUGCCUGAGCGGCUAUUUCCCCCUAAGAGAUAGGAUUGGGCCAUUGAGGAAAGAGAGGCUACCACAAGGAUCAAGAAGAGAUGCCGACGAACUACCAGUGAAGGGUGGCAAGAAAUGGUUCUACGUUCAUGGGACAAUGGACACGCUGGUUCCGACCAAACUGUACACGCAGGGCAAGGAAGAGCUGGCCAAAUGGGUGGACCAAGGUGACAUUGAGGAACACCUGUACGCGGGAAUGGGUCAUGCCACUGGUGCGUCCGAGCUGCGAGACCUUCUGGGAUUCUUUGAGAAAGUGGUUCCGCCGUAA